AUGAAUAAAGUUACUUAUUUAAAAAAGUUUAUAUCUAAUAACUUUUUUUUUAAGGAUAUAUUAUUAUCAGAUAUGAAGGUAAGAAUGCCUUAUAUAAAUGAAAAUUACAAAAGAAAUAUAAAGAAGGUUGAAUAUAUUCGUAGAAAUAUAAAUACAAUAAAAACAUACGAAAUAAAAAAUUAUUCUUUCUCUUUUUUUUUGAAUAAUAAAUUUUUAAUUGAUAAUGAAAAAUUAAGUGAAAUAACUUAUAAAAAAAAAAAAGAUAAAAUAUUAUGUUUUUGGAAUAGGAGUCCUGGUGCUAGAUAUCCUAAAAAGGCAAAUAACGGUUCACGCCCUGACUGUCGUUCUCUUAGGAAAAUUAGAAAAAGGUUAAAAACAGGAAAAUAG